AUGUCACGCCAUACGCGCUAUGAACGAAAAAGAAAGUGUGCAAAGUGUAACAUCACUGCCACAGAAGAUGGAAACUUGAGUUUCCACAGAUUUCCUCUACCUGGUAGACAUACAUUUUUAAAUGCGAGGAUAAGAUUGCACAAUUUUGCCAUCCCAACUGGGACACAGGAUUUAAUGGUAAAGAUUCGCCAGGAACAAUGUGCAACUGCAAGUGAAAGUAAACAAGAUACAAAUAUCUCAGUUGAAAAACCUCAAGUGCUAGUGUUGGAACCUUCAUUACCUGUUCAGGUGCCAACCACAGCCAACCCAACUACAUCUUUACCUGUUCAAGUGCCAACCAUAUGUGAACCAACUACUGAUAGCUUGAAGAUGCUAGUGUUGGAACCUUCAUUACCUGUUCAGGUGCCAACCACAGCCAACCCAACUACAUCUUUACCUGUUCAAGUGCCAACCAUAUGUGAACCAACUACUGAUAGCUUGAAGAUGCCAAGGACUAAAGGGAUUUUGAAGGAGCUAGAUUUAAGUAAGUCAUUGGAAUUGACCCCUAAGAAACUUAAACUGUAUAAAAGAUGUAGGAGAAAUUUGAGCGAAAUAAUGAGACUUAGAAAAAAAAUUAAGAAACAACCACGUGCCCUCUUCAAAACAUUAACUACAAAUAGUAAUGUCCAAAGUCUCAUGGACAAAAAUAUAUCAGGGCCAUUUGCUUUAUUGUUGCAAAGUCAACCGCAAAAUACUCCCAGAAAACUAACUGGUCGGAGGUGGAGUAUAGAUGACAAAGUUAUGGCUUUAAGCAUCUAUAAAAGGUCUACUGGCUGCUAUAGACUGCUGAGGCGACUUUUUUGUCUACCAAGUGAAGAUAUAACUAAAAAUCGAGAACCAGAAGAAAAUCUGUGCAUUUUGGCAUUUGACGAAAUGUCAAUACGAAAACAUUUGCAAUAUAAUAGUAAACAAGAUGUAAUUGAUGGUUAUCAAGAUCAUGGAAAUCAAGGCAGAACUAUGGAGCCAGCCACACAUGCAUUGCUUUUUAUGGCUAUUGGAAUCCGAAAAAAGUGGAAGCAGCCUUUAGCUUUCUACUUUUCUGGUGACUGUGUUACGGCUGAUAGAUUAUCUGUUCUUAUAAAAGAAGUACUUGAUGCAAGCUUCCAAGCUGGGUUGAAUGUCACAGCUACUGUAUCGGACAACUUUGAGUUACUGUUGCGUCUUGACUUGGAGAUAUUGAUAUUGGCUAUUGCUUUUCAAAAAUACACUGAAGAACCUAGACCAUCUCCGUAG